AGAAUGUUAAAGACGGAUACUAAAUUACAGGCAAUUUUGUAGAAGGCCGUGUUCAAGCGAACGUCAAACUGAGUUGGUGACCGACAAAACGCCUUUUUCCAGUACAGCCUCGUUAUCAGAGCCCUAUGGGAUUGAUCCUCCAUUCCCCGGCUGGUCUCUCACCCCAUAUCAAAUCAAGAAUUGGGUUUCGGCAAAGACUCGGGACGAGUGAGGCUUGCGAGCCCUUGGCAGCCCUAUCAUGAAGCAAUAGUAUGUAUACCGUACACAUACGCAAAUUGUCGACAUGAGAAUUUAUCCAUUGGUGUACAAUGGUAGGUGCUGUCAUGGGUGCUUUCAGACUGCUCGCUAACUUUCUGGGUUAUUCUUUAGAGAAGGUUGAAAGCUGUACCUUGUCUCGGAUGCCAGUGACUGGGGAUGCGUGACAUGUGGACGAACACUUGUUGGUCCUCGGAGUCAUCGUUAGUGCCCGCGUCACUUGGGCACACUAAGAGCUUGACAUAGCUUAUCUUGCUUCACUCAAGGAUCUUUCGUUUGCCCUACCUUUUCCUCUCACAACCAUCCCUUCUUUUGCUUAUUCAACCUUAACCAUGGAUGUUGGCCGAGCAUGACCCAGCCGCAACAUUCAUCGGGGUCCGCCGAUGACUUGCAAUCAGGCUCGAGUCUGGAAGAAUAGAAAUACCCCUCGACCUUCCACCUCCAUCUCCUUUCUUGACAGCGACUUUUAUAGUAUUAGAAUAUCAUGUGAAUAUUUCCAUUUUCAAGCCAAGUGACGUGAAGCUCAUCAAUGACCACAAACACUUCCUCUCAGGCUCUAGAUGAUCUUGUCAGAGCAACCGACAACUUUCGCGAACAAUAUCUACGCGCUCUGACAACCCUUCAAGAUGGCCUCGUCGCUCAUCGACGAGACACAGCAGAAAGCCAUGCUCGCAGCAGCAUCUCCAUGCCUGAGCCCUACGGCCCAUUCACACCACCCUUGAGAGCUUCCACGGGCCCUACAUUCGCAUCAGAGGCCUCUUUGUCUCCUAUCUUCCGGCGAGGGCGGGCCGCAACUCUUGAGAGCACAAAAGAAAGACCAUCUUUGUCUGCUGAGCCUCAGCACUUUACGGGUUCGCCAAGUGGCAGUCAUCGCGUUGUCUUUGCCCAGGACGAGGAUGUUUCUUUCAUUCCUCUCCCUCUCCUGGAUAACACGACAGCUACUACCACAACGCGAGAGGUUGAGGACUAUCCCCAUAACAUUGUCAGGGAUCAUCUCGGCCAGGCAGACUGGGCCGAUAGUCAACUCCUCCAGCAUCUGAAAGUCGAAGAUUUCACCCCCGAAAUGGCACCCUUUCUGGACGAUAUCAUGAAACGACGUUCCGAGAUUGAUAUAGAUGUACCCUUCCGUGAAUUUGCGGCGUAUGAGAGAGAGCAGUAUAGUCAGUCUACAUUUGAAGUGUACGAGGUUGGCCAUAACUGUAAACUCACCAAACUCAGCGCUGACGGAGAUGGAGACGCGCAGUCAGAUGUCAAGUAUACGGGCGAGGGCCCCUACGAGAUUCCGGCUGAUAAUGUCGACGCCCCUACGGUUUGGGAAACAAUCAGGGUUGUCAACCGAAUCGGCACGUCUACAGGCCGAAUCACCAUCGUCCAAGAGCCUACACCUCUUAUCCUCGCUGCACUUCACUGGACCAUGUCGUCACACUUUGAUAUGAAUGAGCUGCUCACUCAUCUCCUCUCUGACGAGCCUAACCGUGGCCGUACCCAUGCAUUCAUGACUAGAGCCUACGAGAGGCCCCCCUCCCAAGCAACUUCUCACUCGCCCAUCGUUGUCCCAUCGUCGCCGGUCCCGCUCACUGCCAGGCUGUCGGUGUCACCAACCCCUCCUACACCCAACGUUCGUCAGAGGUCUUUCUUCUUUGUAUUCAAGUACUACACAGUUGUCAGUCACCCUCUCGAGCCAGCUCCUUGGCAGCGUUUCGAUAAAAGACCUUCAGAAAGUCGUCUCGGGGAUCAUAUUGAUAUCGCUGAAUGCGGCUCUGUAUUGGCUCUAUCACUCGGCGGAGACUCUCGCAAAGCUCCCCCUAUGCGUUCGAGAAGAGAGCGUGCUCGAGAAGGGGUUCUAUUCGAUACAUUUGGCCCAUGGCAGUUACUUGCUAUCCAGAGUUUUCCUGAUAACUCUCAUACUGUCCGUGGUCCGGAGUUUCAGGAGAAGAAAUAUGUCAAUGGACCAUAUGCGUUUCUGGACCUACUCAUCUCCGAGUACCGUGAUGCUACAAAGCGAAACCUGAUCCUCCAUGAGCGAGUCACCAAGCUCAUCACUCCCCCGACCGAAUUCAUGUUUGACCCUAAACUCAGGGACAAGCUGUUAUUCGAAGACAAGCACUUCACCUACAUCCGAAGGUACUUCUGGGCGUACAACACCCUUGCUGUUGUGAACACGGGUAUCAAGUCAAUGAUCGCGGCAUAUAUCGACACAUUUACAGACAGCUUCUGGGCCGGCACCCACCCGAUUCUAUGGCCGCAUCACGCAGCUGAUUCGCCUGAUGGGAUUGCCUAUAGUAAACACAUGGCUAAACUGCGCUGUGAGCUUGACAAAGUUGUCCAAGAGCUCACGGAGGUUCUCAAACGCAACGAACGAACCCGUAAGGAGAUCGAAAACCUGCGAGAUCAGCUCUUCAGUGGAAGCUCCAUCAAGGAAAGCCGGAGAGCUAUUGAACAGGGCGACAACAUUAAAGUCCUCACAAUGAUCAGUAUGAUCUUCUUACCACUUACUUUUGUCACGUCUGUCUUCGGUAUGACGGUCUUUACAGUCCCUGCAACCGACUGGCGAUUUCCCCUGACCAUGAUCCUCGUCUGUGUCCCCUUCAUGCUUCUCGUGACUUUCCUCCAAACACGAUCAUUUAGUGUCCUACUGCGCAAGCUUGGUGCCAUUGGCAGUGCACCCGUUCGUCUCAUGACCCAAUCUCGGAGCCGGUCUCGAGAGAUCACAGAUGUCCCUGAUAAUAUCUCAGCGGCCAGGGUGAGACGAGGUAGUGGUACAUUUCUCGAGAGGAUUGCAGCCAGACUUUGGACCAAGAGGUCAGCACAGAAAGUCGAGAGGGAUGAUUUCGGGGGUGUUUAGUUAAGUUUAUGGUCCUCAUUGCGAGGUAAACGGCUUCAUUUGUAUAACAAUUACGGCUUCGGGGCGUUCUCGCUUUCUCGCAGGACAACGAUGUUCAGUAUCAUUGUGGCUUGAUACGAUUACGAAUUAUGGUUACGAAUUAUGAGAUAUGAUGGCAAGAGAUAUAGGCAUCUACGAUCAUGUAUCUACACGAAAGUUAUCAGAUUAACCCCGUUCCAUUGUUGAUACUUAGUUUCGAAUGUAUGCUUUUUCUGCU